GCUUGCUGUCGGUCUAACCUCGUUUUGGUAACGGAUCAGGCUAUUGAUUUAAUUAGAAGGGUCCAAAGCCUAUCUGGGACCCGGGCUGAAAACGAUGCCGUCACUUCCAAUUCAAGUGUUAAAUAGAUUUCAAACCAGAAUGCAGAUAUUGAACUCUCUAUAAACCUUCUGUGAUAUCAGAACACCAACAAGAAAUAAACGGCAUUAAGCAAUACAGUGCACGCUUUUAUACAUUAAACAGAGACGAAACGAACAAAAUUAUCACAAUAUCUUAAAGCAGUUUACAUAAAUGCAUCUCCACAGUGAUACGGAGACGCAAGAGAAAAGAGGGGAAGAAGGUUUGAAAUCUCAAAAGAACAUUUGUAACUCCCUUUCUUCGUUUCUCAUUCUCUCUUUCGGCCGAGUCUUUCACGCGGGGUUUGACAUAUUCGUGCUGUUAUCAGAUUGAUGGGCCAGUUUGAUUGAAGUGGCUUUGUCAUGCAAAUGUCAAGCGCGUGAUGGAUGGUCGCCGUGUGCUGACAAACUUCUGGAGGUCCCCUCACCAUUGGCGCCGUGAUGGGUCACGUGACAAGCAGCUGAGGUAAAGAUGUGUUAUAGGGAAGCACAGGCAAAUACUCUGGAUGUAAGCAUUCCCCUUUUUCUCAUGUCAUACUGCUACCGGGUCGCACGACAGGCAAAUCCUACAUUUCCAAGUUCCCCUCAUCGGUUAGCUGCGCAUGGACAAUUCCAGAAUGAACUCUUUCUUGGAGUACACAAUUUGUAACCGUGGAACCAACGGCUACUCGUCCAAGUCUGGAUACCAUCACUUGGAUCAGGCUUUCUCGGGCCCCUUCCAGUCUGCUCAAGCAAAUGACAGCUAUAACGCUGAUGGACGACUUUACGGAGGGGGGAGUGCGUCGCAGUCCACGGCACAACAUCAGCACCAUGGCGGAGGCUACGCGCAUCACCAGCACCAAACUUCUCACAGUGGUAUGGGCCUAUCUUACGGUGGCACCGGAAACUCGGGCUAUGGAGCACAGGCCUCAGCUAACCAGGAUUAUGGUCACCACCAGUAUUUCAUGAACCACGACCAGGAUGGAAUGUAUUAUCAAUCUGCUGGCUUUGUAGCUCCAAACGUGGGGCCUAAUUAUGGGACGUUGGCCGGUGCAUACUGCGGGACGCAGGGUGCAGUUCCGGCUGCGCCAUAUCAACAUCACGGCCUCGAGGGCCAAGACCACCAGAGACUUUACAGCCAGGGCACAUACGCCGACCUUUCAUCCUUCCAGGAAAAGGAGAGGGACUCGGAUCAAAUACCAGGGAAGACCUUCGACUGGAUGAAAGUAAAAAGAAACCCUCCUAAAACUGCGAAAGUGGCCGAGUUUGGACUGGGUCCACAAAACACAAUCCGCACUAACUUCACCACGAAGCAACUUACAGAGCUAGAGAAGGAGUUUCACUUCAGCAAGUAUCUCACCCGCGCGCGGCGCGUAGAAAUCGCCGCAACGCUAGAGCUGAAUGAGACUCAAGUGAAGAUAUGGUUCCAGAACCGGCGAAUGAAGCAGAAGAAGCGCGAAAAAGAGGGACUCGCGACUGCCUCAUCUUCUGUGUCAAGGGACUUCGAAGAGAACUCAGACCAUUCCACCUCCACGUCCCCAGGCGCAUCCCCAAGUCCUGAGUCUUGAAGAAUUAUAUAGGCAGAACCUAAUGCACUAAAUCAACCGACAAGCUCUACGUCAUAAUUAUAUCUUAAACAUUACAAUUUGUAAACGAACACACUUUACAUGCAAUAAUCGUACUAUAUAUUUUAUGCAUAAGGACUGAGGGAAAUAUGAACAGAGCAUCCUAUACUGCUGAGGUGAAAACAUUCUGACUAUUAGUUUUAAGUGAAGGACCACUUCUGCAGUGCUGAAAGUAAAGUAAUUCAGGGUUUGCUCUAGGGCAGUGCACUUUUAGCAUGUUUACAAAUCUCUAAAUUGGCCUUUUUUAAUACAGGGAGCCUAUAAAGGCAAAUAGUGACUUAUUGCUGUUAUAGUGUUUUUGUGAUUAUUUAGAUGUAAUUUUGAGAUUUGAUGGUGGAUAGUAUGCCUAGCUAUGUUAUAAAGGUUAAUCUAACCGUUUGCACUACACGGUUACAGGGUAGGCCUCCACUGGAGCGAUGCACCUCAGAUGGGAAUCUAUGGACGAUUUUUUUUCAUGAACAUGUAUGUUAUUUUAACUGGAUUUCAGUGAACUGCAACCAAAAGCACGGUGCAAUGUACUAAAUGGGGAUUUCUUAACUUGGAGGUCUGUUUUAGUGAGCCCAUUCAACACCAUGUCACGGACAAUUAAUUUUGAGAAUGUUAGCGAUCACUUUUUAGAACAAAUACAGGGUUACUUUUUGUUUUAAAAAUCGUUUCAGAAAUUGAUACAGUCGUAUGCAAAAGUUUGGGUAUCUGGUAAUUUAUAUGUUGUUGAUUUUCUAAGUGUAAAUACAUUAAAAACAUGCUCAUUGUGCACAUUGAAAAAAACAAAACGAUUGUUUAUCCGCUUAAUUUGAACAUGGAAAAACAACGUUUUUAGAAAUGUGUUGAACUUAGAAAAUCAACAAAAUGUGCAUCCUAACUGCAAAUGACCAACAACUUGGAUAAAGCUGUAUUUUUUUUUCUUUUAUUGUGUAAAAACAGACUGGCUGAGUUUUAUUAGUUUAUGUCUGUAUUAUUUUAUGAAAAUCGUAUUUUAAUUGUGUAUCUACCUCAAACAAUAAUAAAAAAUAUUUUACACAGUC